GAAGCACUAAAAGUCGUGUUGAAAAAGCCGCAGUGGCAGUACUUGGACACCCCUAUCGGCCGCCUAGCCCGCACCCUGACCAUGUACUCGACGGCCAGCAGUGCAUCGACCGCGAAGCAAGCCGCACGCCCCAACAAUGCGCCACCCGCGGUCAUGGUGGCUCCAGCGGCAGCCCCAGCAGCGGUGGCGUUGUCACCGGCCCAGCAUGUCGAAGAGGCGGAUGUGCUCGUUGCAACCGCCGGAGUGCCGGCCGAGCCUGCAUAUGCCCACGAGCCAGCAGCUUCCGAGUUUGACCUGACUUAGGACGCCCAUCGGCGGCACGCACGAAAUCUACCAAUUCCUCCACCUGCACGACAUGAUCUGAAUGCUCUGUCCACGAGUUGUCAGCCGAGGGAUGCACAUGAAUUGGUCAGGGGCAUCGUGUUACGUUGCAUGAAGGCCGGACGGCAGCCAUGGUGACCUGGGCGAGCUGGUCGGCAUUGCUAAGAAGGAGUGCACGGUGGCUUGGCGCGCACCAUUCGAUAGCUACGAAGGUCUGGUAAAGUAAACUGACCCAACGCCUUAACGUGGACAAAAACUCGUCGAUUACUUGGUCUGUUCAAGACCGAUUCGAGCGGCGUUGUUGCCACGUUUCCGUUGAUUCUUCACGAGAUCUUUCUUCUGUCGGCAACUCAAUUCAUAACCCGCUGCUUGGUGGAAUGUGCGUAAAACUCACGCAGUGCUCUAAUGCAUGGCCCUCAAUGUCGCCAUGCAAGAGUGCACUUGAGCAGGGCGGAUUUCCGUUUGUGGUUGUUUGGUAGCCCAACAGAGGGGCAGCAAGGCCUCCUUCGUUCCCAGAGCGAGCCAUCAACUAACUCUACGUCCACUAGAAGCGAGAUGUAUUGGUACAGCGACGGACUAGGAGUGCUUGGGCGCUUCCGCCGCCCAGGAAUGCGCGCUGAUGUCGUCGGGGCCGUCCCCGAGCGCCAACGGUCACAGGUCGGU